UUAUUGGUUAUUUGGUAUGGCAAUUUUGGCUGCAAUUCAAACUACUGUAAACUUUAAUUAUUUCAUAACUUUAGGUGUAUGUGGUAUAGCAUUUAUGUUUAUUGAAAGAAAGUUAUAUUGGAUUGGAUUAUUUGUAAUUUUAUUAGAAUUGGUUGGUUAUGGAAUUUAUAUUGGAUUUAAUAGAGCCAUUCCAUCUCCUAGUUCUCUUGGUGUUGGUGUAGCUAAAGCUGAACCUGGUAGUGGACCUGACCCUGGUCACAUCUUUGCUUUGGGACUUGUUGCCGGCAGCUUAUCUUUUGGUGGUGCUUAUGUAACGAUACCAUUUUUACAAGCUGAAGCAGUAACAAUAGGACAAUGGAUGGCAGUGUCGACAUUUCUUGAUUCUAUUGCUAUUGGAAACAUAGUUCCCUCACCAUUAGUAAUGUUCUCCACAUUUAUAGGUUUUCAAGCUGGUUAUCUCUGGGGAGGUUAUAGUAUAGGCUUUGGCUUUCUAGGUGGUUUACUCAUAGCUGUAGGAAUGCUUUUUCCAUGCUUUUUAUUUACAAUAUUAGGACAUAAUUUACUUGAAAAAUUAGUUCGCAAUAAAUUUCUAGCAGCAUUUUUUGAUGGUAUUUCUGGAACUGUUGUUGGAAUUAUUGCUAUAACUGCAAUUAAUUUACUUAAUUCUUCAAUAACAUCUACAACAGGUCUUGCGGAUGUAUCACAACAAGAUUUACCUAUUAUUCUAGCAAAAAAUAGUAGUAUUGCGGCUGUAUUAUAUAUUUUGACUUUGGCCGCUUUGUAUGGAUAUAAAAAACCAUAUUUAUCCUUAUGGUUAGUAAUUUUUGGUGCUAUAGCUGGACAAUUUUUAUUUGUUAAUAAUUAA